UGCAAAAGGUCGUCCGUCUCCCUAACACAUCCGACAGGACAGCAGUGAGGGACAGCAUGGUCAGACACUGGGCUACCUCAUGCCUCCUUCUGCUUUCCGGAGCUUUCUGUGCAUUUGCACUGGAUGCUGCUCGACUUCAAGUGAGCAGCAAGACUAUCUCAGGAGUCUUCAUGGUCACACAGAAUAACAAGUACAGCUUCAAUGCCUCCGUGGCCAUUGAAGUGUGUGAGACUCUACACGGAAACAUCGCAACCAAGGCUCAGGUGGAGACGGCGCUCCAGAAUGGCCUGGAGAUGUGCAGAUAUGGCUGGGUGGAGGAAAAGAUUGCAGUUGUCCCACGUAUUCAGGCGAACCCGAAGUGUGGCCAGAACAAAACUGGACUCGUCCUUUGGAGACCAGUCGAAAGCAAACUUUUAGACGUGUUUUGCUUCAGUGAUACAGGCACAGCGACAACCCAGAGAGCCAUGGCAACUAGUGUGACAACAAAGAGACAGGAAGUGAGCACUUCCGCUCGAUAUCCUGUGACACCUCCACCGCUUAUCACCUCGGCUCUGACCAGCCUUCUCGGCCCUCUCCGCACCUCCACCAUCUCACAUCAUGAUCUCUCUUCCUCCACCUCCCCCCCGCUCUCUAAAAAAGCCCCUGCUGAACAUCUCCCCAGGUCCACUUCCUCAUCUCAGGUCACUGAUACAACACUCCACAAAACUCCUGUCACCACCACCACCACUCGUCGAACCACCACCUCCACUCGCUCCUUCCCUGCCUCCACCACCACCUCCACCACCUCCUCCUCCACCUCCUCCACUCUUUCUCCUCCAGUGCAGACAGCUGGUCUGGCUCCAUCUCAUUCAGAAAAUCCUAACCUAGGAGUAGCACCUGUUGCACUCCUUGUCACACUGGGUCUCCUUCUUAUCCUCUUGGUUGCAGUAGCUGUGUGUUACAAAAAAAAAGGAAGGAGUCUCCCGUUCCACCGGCCGGAGCAGGAGAAAGGAGCUGUUGAGACGGAGAUGUUCAAACACUUCCGUGAGCGGGACCUGAAGCGACACCCCUCAACAGGAGACGGAGACAGAAGCAGGAAGUGCUCCAGUGACAUCACUCUCCUGAUGGAGCAGGAAACCAAAGCAGAGAUAGCAUAGGGACACCUGUGGCACCACUCAGGAGAAGCAGAUCCUCCGAAGUGACUGACAACAUACUGGAGGAGAUCUUCUCUAAAACACUGUAAAUCUGUGUAAAUAUUUUCCAUGUAUUUUUUUUUUUUUUUUUUUGCUCAACUCUGAAUCCUCUCAUUGUCUUAAGAUGAUGAUGCCAUGAGAUCAUUUCAGUAAAUUGGAAGUCAUUAAUGAUAUGAUAUGAAAUACAGUAAGAAACCGUUGUUACUUUACGGGAUUGUACCGUUUAUUUAUUAAACCUUUCUCAAUGCCUGUGCUAGAUUGAUUGGCUCCGCUUGCCUGAAUCUCCUGAUUAAACAGGCUGCAAUGCAUUGAUUUAUAAAUCCUGUGUCCCCUCCUGGUGUGUUAUUUGUUGAUUCGUGAUCAAAUGUUCAAUUUUAAGGUCUUUUAUCAGUGGUUAGAGAUGCAUUUCCACUAAUCACCAUGUGGGGGCAGCAUGCAGCCUCUUCAUUUCAGUACCAACUCCACAGACUAUUGUCAUCUGUCAUACUGUAACAAGGUGACAUUUGAAGCAAUCAUCUAUUAGAUACAGUAUAUUCAGACAUUAGACAUGCAAUUAGUCAACCAUAUUGUUUUUAUUUAUAUACAGUAUGUUGCUCAUAUUGAUCGUUUUGCAGGAUGUAACAAUAUUCUGAAUUGAAAGCAAAUGUAAACCCAUUCCUCAAAAUGAGACUCAUCUGUUAUA